UGCGUGUCACACUUAUAAAAAAUAAAACAAUAAGUUUGAAUCUUUCACCUAAUACUCAUGAAAGUAUAUGUAAGGCUUUGUCAGAAACAGGUUUUCAAUAUACAUUAACGAUUUUAACUGGGAUUGAUGAAUUAGCAAAUUCUUGUUUAGUCUGGAAAAGUAAUAACAAAGAACUUGUUGCUAAUGGUAGUGGUUGUCUUUCAAGUCGACUUAGUGGCUGUUUCAUUACAUUCUGUCUGCAACAAUCUACCGAUAGAGUUCAAGUUAUCGAAGAUGGUCUUAUUUUGUUUUUAACGGAUAAUACAUUCCACCUUAUUCAUCAAGCCCUUAUCUCUCGUAAUUCACUUAACAUAAAACCGAAUGAAGACACACACAUUGUGUUGGAAUGGGACAAAGAAAAGAAUAAUGACUAUGAAAGCAAUAUCAUUUCAAAGAAAACUGGCCAUGAAAGUAAUGACGAUAAUUAUAUCGCACAUCUUAUUGAAAUUGAAUUACUUACUAAUAUGAACGAGGAUCGAAUCAGUUUAAAUUCACAUGUUAAUUACAUAAUAGAGAUACAUAAUGUAGUCCUAAAGCACUUCUCUUUAAUGAAUAAAAAUAGUGGAUUUAAUCUGUCGAUAUGCUUUAUAAUAGAAGAUAGCAAAUUCGCACAUAUAAAAUUGCAAACAAAGCCACUAGAUUAUGAUGAUUCAAAAGUAUUAUCUAAUAAACUUUGGCAUAACUUGACAUUAGUAAAUUUGCCAAUAAUUUAUAGUGGACCGGUUAGUUUUAAUAUGCAUUAUGCUGUGUGGGGUGGAACACCUGAAUCAAAGUGGCCCGAGGAAGAAGAAAGAAAUUCUUCUAUCAGCAUAAUUAAUACACAUCAUAAUGAUAAUACAACACAAGAUAUUUUUAAAAAUAUUUCAGGAGAAUUAUGCGAACUAUAUAGUAAAGAGAGAAAAAAAGGAAAGGACGCUGCAUCAAUUUUCGAUAUCAUUGAACAAUUUUUAUCAACAAAACAACAAAAGCCGGAUGAUAUUAUUAAAUGGUGCCUGAAUAAUGAAACCAAUCCGAUUAUGUUAGGCAUUCUAGCUAAUUGUUUUUACUUCGGAAAGUGGGCAAUGCUAGAUGAAAUUCGAGCAUUUGAUCUUUACCUGAAAUCCAUAGAAGCAA